AUGAAAUCGGAUUUCAACUUCUCUUUGAUACCCUACGGCCAAUGGUGGAGACGACAUCGAAGACUGUUCAACGAACAUUUCCACCACAAGGCGGUUGUGAACUAUCAACCUAUACAACUACGUGAAGCUCGAGCAUUACUUCAUCGACUUCUUCUGUCGCCUGAGCAUUUCAUGGAUCACAUUCACCACUCCUUUGGUGCCGCAAUCAUGACCGUGGCAUAUGGUAUCAAGGUCAAAGAAUCUGGUGAUCCAUAUCUGGCGACUGGCCACGAGUCCCUUAAGGGACUCGCGGCUGCGGGUAUCCCUGGAUCAUUUCUGGUGGACCUGGUACCCGCCCUCAAGUAUGUCCCUUCUUGGUUUCCUGGUGCCGGGUUCAAGAAGAAGGCGGCUCACUGGAGAAGGGCAAACGAGGAUCUUAGUCAGAUACCGUUCAAAUAUGUUGAACAAGCAAUGGUUUGCGACACCUUGAAUCCAUCUGGAUAUGCACUCUUUACUAAAUCCUCUGAACAGGAAAAUGGAACUGCCGUGCCUUGUUUGGCUACGAAGUUGAUCGAAGGGCUACCUGAUAAAAACAAUCCGACUUACCCAGAAGAUCGAGAACUUGCUGAGAGUAUUGCCGGUGUUUCAUAUGUCGGUGGGGCGGAUACUACUGUAUCUACUGUUCAGACUUUCUUUAUAGCAAUGGCACUUUACCCUGAAGUACAGAAGAAAGCUCAGACCGAGCUUGACGCUGUCCUUGGUGGUAAACGUCUACCGGAUUUUGAUGACCGACCUUCUCUGCCCUACAUUAACGCUAUGGUUAAGGAAAGCAUGCGCUGGCAUCAGGUCGUACCACUAGUAUGUGGUGAGAUUCACCCAAUGUCCCACGCAGCUGUUGGCCAUGUAUCGUCUUCCGAUGAUGAAUACGACGGCUAUUUUAUACCCCGCGGCACAAUUGUACUGGGAAAUGCAUGGUUUGACCAAGACAUUUCAAUCAGAAGCGCAAAAUUAAUGUCAAAGCAGGACCAUAUUGCAUGA